CUCUCUCUCUCUCUCUCUCUCUGAAUUUCUUGGUUGCAGAUCAUACACUUUGUUGGAUCCCCAGAAACUAAAUCUCUCUCCUGCAACCUUAAGACAUACAGAGACUUUGGCAUGAUUUUGUCUCCCAUUCAAUAUAUAGAACAAUUUCAGUACUAGUGAGGAUGCGAAGUCCAAGCUCUCUCAAGCAAGAUUUCCUCAAGAAAUGGGUAAUGGGUCUCCAAUUUUGCGGCGCUUCAAAGGAGCAGAUGGGCAUUUUCGAGAGGAAGAAGGCCAUAAAGCUCUCUGCAGAUGUGGCCAUGGCUUCGGCCAGAAAUGCCAGAACUUCCUGGAGUCGGGCCCUAAUUGCCAAUGCUUCAAAAGAUAGUGAGAACAAAGCCCUUGUUGAUCAAAUUCUGGGCACUGACUCGGAGAAGAUAAUUAAGAAAGCUUCAGUUUCGUCGCUUAAUGCACACAAGAAGAUAGUUCUUAGGAGCAAGAAAAUCUUGAAGGAGACCCGCAGGAGCCGUAGAAUCAAGAAAAUGGAGCCCCAAAUGGCUAUGGCAACUUCUGUUGCGAAGAGAUUGGUAAAGAAACGAACCCAAGUGUUGAAAAGGCUCAUCCCUGGUGGAGAAUCCAUGGAUGAAUUCUCUUUGAUAGAAGAAACUCUAGAUUAUAUAGCCUCGCUUAGAGCUCAAGUCGAUGUAAUGCGGCAUCUUGUUAAUGCCAGUGAGGUUUUGAAUGGUAAAUAAGGUCAUCAAUGGCUAUAAAUAUACCCUUUCUAGUUAUAUAUAUGUUCGAUCUCCUUCUUUUCUUAUUUUCUUUUAAUCUUUUCAUCUUCUGCUAUCGAGAUGGAGAAAGGUUAAAGACGAGGCGUGUACAUAUGAAGCAUAUCUAUGGCAGUUAUAUAUUUUGAU